CUUGAAGAGAUCUGCAAAUGUGGAAUGAAAAGCUUCCGUCACAUCCAGGUUGAGGGAGCUGAAUUAUGGACUUGGCAAAGGCCUGUUGUUCCUGAUAACCCUCCUUCUGAUAAGGCGGCCUUCAGAAUCAAAAUCAAUUUUCCAGCAGGGCACCCACUCAAACCCAUUCCAAACAAAGAUCUAUUGGCCCAAUGUUAUGAUGAAAAGGGCCAGGUCUGUUUGCCCAUCAUUAGUGCUGAAAACUGGAAGCCAGCCACCAAAACGUAUCAAGGGAUCCAGUCCCUCACAGCACUGGUGAAUGACCCCCAGCCCAAGCACCCACUCCGGGAUGACCUAGCUGAAAAAUGCUCUAAGGACCAUAAAGAAUCCUAUAAGAAUGCUGAAGAGUUUACAAAGACAGAUGGGGAGAAACGACUUGUGGACUAA